AUGACAACUGUGUUGGAAAUGUCCAGUCGCCAACAUUUGUAUCCAACAAUAGCGACAUCUAAUGAUGAUAACGAUUCAGAAUCGAAAACAUGUGGAAAGAUUCUUGUUGUUUUAUCGUGGAUUUUAGUUGUGCUCACGAUGCCUUUUUCCCUCUUCGUGUGUUUUAAGGUCGUUCAGGAAUACGAAAGGGCUGUUAUAUUUCGGUUAGGACGGCUCCUCACAGGAGGGGCUAAAGGUCCUGGUAUAUUUUUUAUUCUACCAUGUAUUGACUCCUACGCGAGGGUAGACCUAAGAACUAGAACCUACGAUGUGCCACCUCAAGAGGUACUCACAAAGGACUCCGUUACUGUAUCUGUGGACGCUGUGGUUUACUAUAGAGUGCAUAAUGCUACAAUUUCCAUAGCGAACGUAGAAAACGCUCAUCAUUCGACACGCCUCUUGGCUCAGACCACGCUUCGUAAUACUAUGGGCACUAGACCCCUACACGAAAUAUUAAGCGAACGGGAAACCAUUUCAGGAAAUAUGCAAAUCUCUUUAGACGAGGCAACAGAAGCAUGGGGCAUUAAGGUGGAACGAGUUGAAAUUAAGGAUGUUCGCUUGCCCGUGCAACUGCAACGAGCAAUGGCAGCAGAGGCAGAAGCGGCGCGGGAAGCUCGAGCCAAGGUGAUUGCUGCUGAAGGUGAGCAGAAAGCGGCGCGAGCCCUUCGCGAAGCCUCUGAGGUUAUCGGUGAUAGUCCCGCUGCUCUACAACUUCGUUACUUACAGACGUUGAACACAAUAUCUGCUGAGAAGAACUCAACAAUUGUAUUCCCGCUGCCCAUCGAUCUCCUUACUUACUUCAUAAAGGCUAAAGAGUAUCCAUCUAAUUAA